AUGAGUCGAGAGUAUGUGAAGGACUUAGGCACACUGUAUUUGGUUAUGAGCCUGGAAUGCAACCACUGUGCAAAGGUCUCUCACGGCCUAGCGCAUCAACUAGCCGUAAGCCCCGAUCCUUACCCCAUCCCCGAGUUGAAACUUGCAAGUGACGUGGGGCUCAGACAAACUAAACGUCCAUUAACAACUAUAACCGUACGAUCAAGAGAAUUGAAAACUUCCCCCUCGCACAAACCUGUGAACAUGCCGCUCGUCGUUCCCGACGUCAGCGAUAAUGAAAGGGCAAGCUGGGAGGCCAAGUUACUUGGCAAGAAGCUGACUGACUCAAUAUCAAACAAUGUGUCGUUUGCAAUGAAAGAUUUGCCUGCGGUGCACCGUGUGAUUAAGCCAGGCAUGGCCAUGACGAUGGAUUAUAAGCCAGAUAGGUUGAAUGUGCACGUCGACGAAGAUGGAACCGUCACAGGCGUGGUGUACGGCUAAGCAGGGAUUUCUGUAUAAACUGAUGACUUUCAAUUUCGGUGUUGGUCAAGGAGGUUGAUUUUUCUAUUUUGAGCUGGGAAUUGCGGAGCACUUUUCGGGUGAUGGGAUUUAAACAAUUUUAUGAAUUAUGUGAGAUGAAUUACAGGGCCUGUUGUCUAAAAGAAGACUUUUUGAGACGAAAUUCCAAAAAUCCUCUCUGAUUAAUCGUGAAUGUGUUUUCAUUUUGUCGGAUAAUUGCUGCCAUUGCAUCGAGGACUUUUAACUCGUUCUGUUCAGUCCACGGGCA